CAUGGUCAGAUCCGCCAGCAUCGCCGAUUUAGCCUUCCUGCACAUCAUCUUUCUCCCAUUAUUCACGACUCAGGGUCCUAAAACCUGACCUAUGCCACCGGCCCAGUCUGUGUCGGUCGGUUCGCCCGUACGGUACGCAGUUGGUCGGGACGCGUUCCAUACCCUGUAUUGUACGAACAUUACCGGAAACCGCCCGUACUUUACAAGGCCCGAAGAAACAAGUUCAAUGUUCUUAUCUGGCGGGAUCGGCCUCCGAUAACCUGGCUGAUUGGGAUCAUGCCUCCGCAAUCCCUCCGCUUGGCUUGACUCAUGCUUUAUUUUAUCUUGCUAUCUCCCUGUCCAGACACUUCUUCUUAAAUAUGUCUGUGUAACCAGCGACUUCCAUCAUACAUCCUAGCAAUAAUUGGACCCUUCAUCGCAGCAACAAAGAUGGCUACCAACCGCAUUGUAAUCCUGGGGGCCGGUGUGUCUGGCCUCACCACCGCAUAUCUCCUGUCCAAAGAUGCCUCCAAUAGCAUCACGGUUCUCGCUAAACACAUGCCCGGUGACUACGACAUCGAGUAUGCAUCUCCUUGGGCUGGUGCCAAUUAUCUCCCUGUGGGCAAGGCCGGCAGCGACCACGAGAGAUGGGAACGAGACACUUGGCCCGCUCUGAGAGAGCUGACGAAGAACCAUCCCGAAGCGGGCAUUCAUUUCCAAGAAACCAUCGUGUACAACCGCACAAAAGAUCAGGGAUCAGCAACCGGCGAAUGGUUUUCGGAGUUGGUGCAGAAGGACCCAUGGUAUAUGGAUGUUGUUCCUGACUUCCAAGACAUCCCCGCCGACCAGCUAGCCCCCGGCAUUGACAACGCAUCCAAGUUCACAUCCGUGUGUAUCAACACCGCAGUCUACCUACCCUGGCUUGUCGGCCAAUGCCGGAAGAACGGAGUCGUCUUCAAACGAGCCGUCCUCAAGCACAUAGCCGACGCAGCCACCGGACACCACACAGGUCAAAAGGCCGAUGUGAUAGUCAACUGCACUGGGCUGUCGUCCAAGAGGUUGGGUGGGGUGCAUGACGACAAGCUCUACCCUGCACGCGGCCAGAUCGUCGUCGUCCGCAACGAUCCAGGGAAGAUGGUGUCGAUCUCCGGCACUGAUGAUGGAGAGGAUGAGGUCGUCUAUAUGAUGACUCGGGCAGCUGGCGGCGGGACCGUCAUUGGAGGCUCGUACCAGAAGAACCAGUGGGAUCCGCUGCCUGAUCCCAACCUAGCCACCCGCAUCAUGAAACGAGCAGUAGCUCUAUGCCCUGAGCUGGUCGAGAAGGGCCAGGGCAUCGAGGGUCUGGAUAUAAUUAGACAUGGAGUUGGACUGCGGCCCCUUCGUGAGGGCGGGCCGCGCGUUGAAGCAGAGAAGAUCGACGGCGUGUCCGUCGUGCAUAACUACGGUCAUGGUGGAUUCGGAUACCAGGCUUCGUAUGGUUGCGCGGGAGAUGCUGUCAAAUUGGUCCAGGAAACUUUGCGCCGGAAGGACAAAGCCAAGUUGUAGACUUGUGGGCAUUAGAUAGUAUGCGCCGAUUAGAAAAGCUGAACUAAACUUAAAUCAGAG